AGGGCUCUAGUGCAACCACAGCGGCCGCACCCUCAGCCAGCACCAGCAGUUCAGUGUCCUGAUACCCACUAUGGCGUCUCUCUUGAGGGUCCUGUUGUUCCUCGCUGUCGUCGCAUCGUCCUUCGCUGCGGUUCAGAGAGGCAAAGCAAUCCUUCAUCCUGACUACCCUGGAAGGUGCUUUGUCCCGAGCAUAGGAGCCGCCUUUCCUCCGGGUUCCUCGUGGCAGGUGACCGAGAGGUGCGCGCAAAGGACCUGUUUUGAACAAGACGGAGAUCUUUACUUCGAGGAAACAGGCUGCGGCGUGCCCAUCCCGUCUGAUAGUUGCAAAGUUGUGAGCGACGAUUCACAGCCUCAUCCGAAAUGCUGCCCGAGGCUGGCCUGUAACUGAACGAAAAAAAAA